AUGCCUGACCAGGACUGGAAGACUAUCUGCACCUCGCGGAAGAAAAAACAGAACGACUCGAUUCCCCCAGAGUGGCUGAUCGAGACUCCCGCCGACUACCAGUCGAAUGUCCUCGAAAUACCUAGCACUUGCGGACUGCUGACCCUCCACGAGCUCGAAAUAACUGACACAGAUAUCGAGGUUCUACUCCACAAGCUGCGCUCCGCAGAAUGGUCCUCCACCGAGGUGACAACCGCGUUCUACAAGCGCGCCAUCAUAGCCCACCAGCUUACCAACUGUCUCACCGAGAUAUUUGUGCCGCGCGCUCUCGCCCGCGCGAAGGAGGUAGACGAUCAUCUUAGAACCACCGGGAUGCCCAUCGGGUCCCUGCAUGGUCUUCCUAUCUCCCUCAAGGAUCAAUUCUCCAUCAAAGGGCUCGAGACUAUCAUGGGAUACGCCGGGUGGAUCGGCCGCUACGCGGAGUCCGACAGCGUCCUGGUCGAGAUCCUGUACGAAUGCGGCGCGGUGCCUUUCGUACGCACAAAUGUCCCGCAGACGCUGAUGUGGGGUGAGACAUACAACAAUGUGUUCGGCCGCACGACGAACCCGUACAACCGGUACAUGACCCCGGGCGGGUCCUCCGGCGGCGAGGGCGCGCUCAUCGCUCUGCGCGGUAGCCCCCUAGGCGUCGGCACCGACAUCGGCGGGUCCGUGCGCAUUCCGAGCGCGUUCUGCAACCUGUACGGGCUGCGCCCCUCGUACGAGCGUUUCCCGUAUUGCAACACUUUGAAUGCGGCCGAGGGCCAGGAGUCCAUCUCCUCCGUCCUCGGGCCCAUGGCGAAUUCCCUGGCCGCUGUCAAGAUCUUUGCCAAGGCUAUCAUUGACGCGCGGCCCUGGCGCAAAGACCCCCUUGCGGUCAGGAAGGAGUGGUCCGAGCGCGAGUACGCGCUCGCAGAGCACGGAAACGGCGUGAAUAUGUGUUUCGCCAUCAUGUGGGACAAUUUAGUUGUGAAACCUCACCCGCCUUUGCGCCGUGCAAUGGAAAUGGUGAAGAAGGCGCUUGAGGCUGCCGGGCAUACAGUCAUUGAUUGGGAGCCGCACCGCCAUAUGGACAUAUAUAGGAAUGCGGAGAAUAUAUUCGCGGCGGACGAUGGGUACGACUAUCGCGCGGCAUGUGAACUUUCCGGCGAGCCUCUCCUGCAAACCAUGAGCCCCGCCACUGACGCACACAAAUACGCUCUGGACGAGCCGAUGGCGCGCACAAUCGUCGGGGAGCGCCGGCACGUUAACGCCUGGGAGCUGUGGCAGCUGCACAAGGAAAAGCGCGCGAUCAGGAAGUCGCAUCUCGACCACUGGGAGGCGACCGCGACCAGGACUGGGACUGGCCGUCCCGUGGACGCCAUUAUUAGCCCCGUGGCGCCGUACACCGCGUGCCCGCACGGCUGCAACUCCGAUGCGUUCUAUACGACAUUCUGCAAUGCACUCGAUUAUACGAGUUGCGCGUUCCCGGUAACGUAUGCGGAUGCGGCGCUCGACGGCGCGCAGGCCCCGCACGCGUUCUAUAAUCACGAAGACGAGGCCAUAUACAAACUAUACGAUCCCAAGCUGUUCCAUGGUUGCCCUGUGGGCCUGCAGCUUAUUGGACAGACGCAGGAGGAGGAGGGCGUCAUUGCAUUGACGGGGGUAGUGGACCAGGCCCUCAAAGCACUGGGGAAGAAGUGA